AUGGCCACGUCCACCUCUAAUGUGCUUCUGCACGCUUCUCUCAGCAACUCCCCACACUCUCAAGGCCCAGCAAGGCGGCCACUGAGUACCUCCGAAACUUCUCCCACUCCAGAUAGUAGGGAACACAUACCUAUGACUAUCACCACCUCCCCCCACUUGAAAUCCAUUUCUGAAACAUUGCUCAAAUUGCCAGUCAAUUCCAACACCUCAACAAUCCCCAUGUCCAAGUUUGUCUUCAAGGUUGAGACCACUCCACCCACCGUGAUUGUCUAUAUGGGCAUGACAGAGUGCAUCAAUCCAACGAAACUUGUAAUCACUACCACUUACCCCACCACCACCUGCAUGACACAGACCCAAGUGUCCCUCACCAGCUCUUACACCACCACUCCUGUGACAGGGAAGCCAUGGACAACCAUUACCAGUACUUAUCCCGUGACAACUACCAAGAGAGUCACCUCAGCCGUGACCAAUUCUCCCAGUACCACCACUCCGGGGAAAUCUCCCACAACCAUGACCCCAACCCCUUCCUUGGUCCCAACAACCCACACAACUCUAGACACUCAGAUCUCCUCUGUGGCUGAGCACAGAAGCGGUCCUGACUACAACAACAAACAUCACCUCACACUCCCCUUUGAACACCACAAUCCCUACUACCAAGGCUACAACUACCCCUCCAUUUCCAGCUACUACUGUGACCACGACCAAAACAGGAAUAACGACUCUAACCAACACUUCAAUACCUGCCUCCUCGAAAACAGUAUUACCCAUCACCUCAACAACAAAAAUAACCAAGACUGCCACGGAAACCACCCAGGGUGCUACCACACACCUGGUAACCACGACCAUGCCAACAACACCCAAAAGCUCUCCAGUCAUCAGCUCUUCAUCCACCUCCACGACAGGGAGCACAAUCACAUCUGCAUUCCCGUCAUCCCUCCCUGCCUCUGCUACGGUGCAGACAACCACAACUAUACCUCCAUCCUCCGUGAGUACUGCAGCCCCUACCGAGACUCCAGCCACCACCGCGUCCACAUCCUCGACCACGGAAACCACCCAGGGUGCUACCACACACCUGGUAACCACGACCAUGCCAACAACACCCAAAAGCUCUCCAGUCAUCAGCUCUUCAUCCACCUCCACGACAGGGAGCACAAUCACAUCUGCAUUCCCGUCAUCCCUCCCUGCCUCUGCUACGGUGCAGACAACCACAACUAUACCUCCAUCCUCCGUGAGUACUGCAGCCCCUACCGAGACUCCAGCCACCACCGCGUCCACAUCCUCGACCACGGAAACCACCCAGGGUGCUACCACACACCUGGUAACCACGACCAUGCCAACAACACCCAAAAGCUCUCCAGUCAUCAGCUCUUCAUCCACCUCCACGACAGGGAGCACAAUCACAUCUGCAUUCCCGUCAUCCCUCCCUGCCUCUGCUACGGUGCAGACAACCACAACUAUACCUCCAUCCUCCGUGAGUACUGCAGCCCCUACCGAGACUCCAGCCACCACCGCGUCCACAUCCUCGACCACGGAAACCACCCAGGGUGCUACCACACACCUGGUAACCACGACCAUGCCAACAACACCCAAAAGCUCUCCAGUCAUCAGCUCUUCAUCCACCUCCACGACAGGGAGCACAAUCACAUCUGCAUUCCCGUCAUCCCUCCCUGCCUCUGCUACGGUGCAGACAACCACAACUAUACCUCCAUCCUCCGUGAGUACUGCAGCCCCUACCGAGACUCCAGCCACCACCGCGUCCACAUCCUCGACCACGGAAACCACCCAGGGUGCUACCACACACCUGGUAACCACGACCAUGCCAACAACACCCAAAAGCUCUCCAGUCAUCAGCUCUUCAUCCACCUCCACGACAGGGAGCACAAUCACAUCUGCAUUCCCGUCAUCCCUCCCUGCCUCUGCUACGGUGCAGACAACCACAACUAUACCUCCAUCCUCCGUGAGUACUGCAGCCCCUACCGAGACUCCAGCCACCACCGCGUCCACAUCCUCGACCACGGAAACCACCCAGGGUGCUACCACACACCUGGUAACCACGACCAUGCCAACAACACCCAAAAGCUCUCCAGUCAUCAGCUCUUCAUCCACCUCCACGACAGGGAGCACAAUCACAUCUGCAUUCCCGUCAUCCCUCCCUGCCUCUGCUACGGUGCAGACAACCACAACUAUACCUCCAUCCUCCGUGAGUACUGCAGCCCCUACCGAGACUCCAGCCACCACCGCGUCCACAUCCUCGACCACGGAAACCACCCAGGGUGCUACCACACACCUGGUAACCACGACCAUGCCAACAACACCCAAAAGCUCUCCAGUCAUCAGCUCUUCAUCCACCUCCACGACAGGGAGCACAAUCACAUCUGCAUUCCCGUCAUCCCUCCCUGCCUCUGCUACGGUGCAGACAACCACAACUAUACCUCCAUCCUCCGUGAGUACUGCAGCCCCUACCGAGACUCCAGCCACCACCGCGUCCACAUCCUCGACCACGGAAACCACCCAGGGUGCUACCACACACCUGGUAACCACGACCAUGCCAACAACACCCAAAAGCUCUCCAGUCAUCAGCUCUUCAUCCACCUCCACGACAGGGAGCACAAUCACAUCUGCAUUCCCGUCAUCCCUCCCUGCCUCUGCUACGGUGCAGACAACCACAACUAUACCUCCAUCCUCCGUGAGUACUGCAGCCCCUACCGAGACUCCAGCCACCACCGCGUCCACAUCCUCGAGUACCACUGCCACUUUGCCCACUCCAGCCUCAACCACAGAAGUAGCCAAGUCUGGGACCACAAGCGUGGCACUUGUGACAAUGGUGGCACCUGGAUGCAGAGCCACUGCUCCUGCCCCAGCACUUUCUCUGGCUCCCGCUGUGAGUUUGCUGUGGAACACAUAGAUCUGGACAAAGUGGACACUGAAGUGGGCAUGGAGGUUUCUGUCAACAAGGAGUUCUCCCCGGACCUCAAUGACAACACUUCUAAGGCCUAUAAGGAUUUCACGGACACCUUCCGGGAUCAGAUGAAGAAGGUUUACCAAAAUGUGAAGGGGUUCAAGGACGUGGUGAUCCUUUCUCUGAGGAGUGGCAGCAUUGUUGUGGACUACCUGGUCCAGCUGGAGUUACCCUUCAGCCUCCAGCUGGAGAGCGAGUAUGAGAAAGUGAAAGUGGCCCUGAAGGAGGAGCUCCAGAAUGUCAGCCAGGAUAACAGCUGCGAGAAGGACCAGGUCUUGUGUUUUAAGCCUGAUUCCAUCAAGGUGAACAACACCACCAGGACGGAGCUGUCCCCGGAAGCCAUCUGUCGCAACGCUGCUGCCGUGGGCUACGAGGAUUUCUACUUCCCCUUGCUGAAGGAGAACAAACUCCGCUGUGUCACCAAAUGCACGGCGGGCGUGGACGGCGCCAUCAACUGUCGUCAGGGCCAGUGCGUUCUGCAGAGUAGAGGUCCUUAUUGCCGCUGCUUCUCCACGGACACGCACUGGUUCUCGGGCCCGCGCUGCGAGGUGGCCAUCUCCUGGAAGGCGCUUGUCGGAGGCCUGGCGGGGACCGCGGCGCUGCUGCUGCUGCUGCUGCUGGGGGCGCUGAGCGUCUUCGUCGCGCGCUCGUGGAGGAAGCGCGGCCAGGGCGGAGGCCUGUCCUGGGACGACAGGAAGUGGUUCGAGACCUGUGAUGAGAACACCGUGAAGACUUUUUCUAACUCGGGCUUCGAGAAUGACAGCACAUAUGAAAACUUCCAUGUGGCCUUGGAGAACGUGGACACUAAUAUGAUGGUGAGGGGGCAAGGCCAGGGGCCGGGCAGGGACAAGGAGGUGUUGACCUUCUAG